AUGUCAUUAAUUUACUUUAACUCUGUACAUCACAUCCUCUCAAUCACAGCACCAGUAACCCCACCGAACUAUGCCUCUCCCUGGCUCGCUCCCCAUCUCUCGAUACUACCUGGAGUGAGAGUGAUCAUCGUGAACCCGGAGACCAGGGGUCCCCUGGGAGACUCACACCUCGGGGAGAUCUGGGUGACCAGUGCUCACAACUCCAGUGGGUACUACGCCAUCGACGGUGAUGAGUCUCUCCAGGCCGACCACUUCAACACCAGGCUCAGCUUCGGUGAUGUCCAGACCCUGUGGGCCAGGACCGGCUACCUGGGCUUCGUUCGCAGGACCGAACUCACCGACGCCAGCGGGGAUCGACACGAUGCACUUUACAUCGUUGGAGCCCUAGACGAGACCCUGGAGUUACGAGGCCUUCGGUAUCAUCCCAUCGAUAUAGAAACAUCCGUGUCCCGGUCUCACCGGGGAAUCGGAGACUGCGCGGUCUUCACCUGGACGAACCUGCUGGUGGUGGUGGCGGAGCUCGAUGGCUCGGAGAAAGAGGCCCUGGACCUGGUGCCGGCAGUGACAGGGGCCGUGCUGGAGGAGCACCAGCUGAUCGUCGGGGUGGUGGUCGUGGUGGACCGGGGGGUGGUCCCCGUCAACUCGAGGGGGGAGAAACAGCGCAUGCACCUCAGGGACAGCUUCCUGGCCGACCAGCUCGACCCCAUCUACGUCGCCUACAACAUGUGAAGUGGGCGGGAGACCCGACCCCCGGCACCGUCAGGCCAGAGGAGGGGAGAGCGCGGGACUUGGCGGGGUUGGGUGG